AUGCUCUUGGCCCUGCCUCAACCCAACCCCUCUCUCUCUCUCUGGGUUCUGGGGGAUGUCCCUUCAACAUUCCUCACGCCUCAUUCCAGCAGCAUACGACGGCCUCAGCAGCACGACUCCACCCGCACGAGAUGCCUCAGUCAGACGACGCAAACGCACCGGCUCCGAAUGAAAGGCAUCACCGAGAGAGCAGGGCUGCACCGUAGGUGUGUUCUGCGCCUGUACCAGCACCUGUACCAGCACCUGUACCAGCGCCUGUACCAGCGCCUGUACCAGCGCCUGUACCAGCGCCUUUACCUGCGCCUGUACCUGCGCCUGUACCUGCGCCUGUACCUGCGCCUGUACCUGCGCCUGUACCAGCGCCUGUGCCAGCGCCUGUACCAGCACCUGUACCAGCACCUGUACCAGCACCUGUACCUGCACCUGUACCAGCGCCUGUACCUGCACCUGUACCAGCGCCUGUACCAGCACCUGUACCUGCGUAAAUGA